AUGUCUACACGGUCGCAGGACGAAUUGCACAGAGUCGCAAGCUCAGACGCAGGCACCGAUGAGCACACGCUAUACGACCACACCUCCGACGAAGAAGGCUACGAUGGCAGGGCCUCGGGCGAGCUUUCUAAGAACGACCACGACAUACUAGACUCGGAAGACGAGCGCGAAAAGCUGCUUACAGGAGAUGGGGCGGGCAAGGGCAUCCUGGGCCGCAGAAGCUCAGCCGUAAAGAUUGGGAAAUGGGUCAAGGGCAAGACGAAAGCGCGCAGAAAAGGUGGCCAUGAGGAAGCGAACGCGCUCAUGUAUGAGAUGGAGGAGGGCAUCGGGGCCUCGAGUGCCAGUCUCAGGUCUACGAGGAGUGCUGAACAAGACAAAGAGCGGUUACUUGCGAAUGAAUCGCAGCGAAAGACACAGAGGAAGAGUCUAUUUCGCCGGAUAGCCAUAUAUAUCUCGAUUAUCAUACUGUUUGUCGUUCUCCUAGCAACCGCAUACAAUCUCUCCACCCCACAGGAUAUCAGAGCGGCGGCGGCGAUGGUCUCGAAUGGUACCUCACUAUUCGCGCCCACUACGAUCCUUAUAUCUCUCGACGGCUUUCGCGCCGAUUUCCUGUACCGCAAUAUUACGCCUACGCUCAGUCAGUUUGUACAGGAGGGUAUCUCGCCAAAGUACAUGCUGCCCAGCUUCCCCAGUGUGACCUUUCCGAACCAUUAUACGCUCGCGACUGGCUUGUAUCCCGAAGCGCAUGGCAUUGUGUCCAACACAUUCUGGGACCCAGAUAUCAAGGAGGAGUUUCACUACACGGAUCCCAAAAGAAGCUUGCAGCCUUAUUGGUGGGGAGGCGAGCCUCUAUGGGUGACGGCCGAGAGGCAGAAUGUGCGGGCAGCAGUGCACAUGUGGCCAGGCUCAGAAGCCAAUAUCCUGGAACAAAAGGUUGCGUACGUUGACAAAUACAACGGGUCAGAAGUUCUCUCCAGAAAGGUCGAUCGCAUCAUGGGGUUCCUUGAUCUGCCCGGUCCUAAAGACGUUGGCGCAAGUGCGGCUACUCCUCGACCCCAACUCAUCGCUGCGUAUGUUCCCGAUGUAGAUGGCGAUGGUCACACAUACGGCCCAAACAGCACGGAAAUCCGGAAAACCAUCACAAGGGCUGAUACCCUGGUGGGUGACAUCCUCAAGGGCCUCCAUGCGCGCAACCUUACAAACAUUGUCAACGUGGUUGUUGUGUCCGACCACGGCAUGGCAACAACAGACACUCAGCGCCUCAUCCAACUCGAAGACCUCGUUGACCCUGCUGAGAUCGAACACAUUGAUGGUUGGCCUCUCUACGGUCUCCGACCUAAGGACCCUUCAGCCCUGCGUCGCCUAUACAACCAGAUCAAAGAGCGCACUGCCAACAACCCCAACGUUGAAGUGUACCUCCGCGACGAGAACAUGCCCGAGCGAUACCACUUUAGCAAAAACGACCGUAUAGCCCCGCUUUGGAUCGUGCCAAAGACGGGGUGGGCCAUUGUCACCAAGGACCAUUUCAACGUGGAAAAGGGAAAGCAGAAAGGCGAGGUGUAUCAUCCACGGGGUCUCCAUGGCUACGACCACGAGCACCCACUUAUGCGCGCCAUAUUUGUAGCCAGGGGUCCUGCGUUCCCGCACCAACCAGGCAGUCAGAUGGAGCCGUUUCAAAACAUUGAGAUUUACAACAUCAUCUGUGACUCGAUCAAGUUGACGCCGGCCCCCAACAACGGCACACUGCGUCUCCCGCUCAAACCCAUUGGUCUGCACAGCGACGGCAAGCCCGAAGAUGACGAGACGCCACAGGAUCCAGUGCCUUCUUACUCUCCUUCCCCUUCUCCGUCCCCAUCCCCAUCUCCAUCAUCAUCAUCCGCCCAGCCAUCUUCCUCCUCAUUCUCAUCCACAAACCUCGCAUCCAUCUCCUCAACUCCACUCGACUCUCUCUCCAGCAUCUCAGCCUCAGCCUCGGGUCUCGAAGGCAUCCAGCCGACGCUCGAGGAAGAAGCCCCCGUGCGUCCCACGCCCCCUAGUACCGGCAAGGAUGAGCUCAAGGAUAAAGAUAAGGCCGGCGGUGAUGACAAAAACAAAGAUGAUGAAGACAAGGAAAAGGAAAAAGAAAAGGAAAAAGAGAGUUGGUGGGAGUGGCUUACGCACAAGGCUGAUGGGAUUGAGGAGUGGGUCAAUGAAUUCAUCAAUGAUCAUGUCAAGGGUGAUAAGGACAAGGAUAAGGAUAAGGAUAAGGAUAACAGCAAGGCUGAGGAUGCGAAGAGUGGUUAA